GGUCGCUGACGGCUCUCUGCAAGCAUGGCUGCCCAGGAUGAACUCAAUCAACUGGAACGUGUGUUCCUCCGGCUGGGCCACGCGGAGACAGAUGAGCAGCUACAGGAUAUCAUCUCCAAGUUCCUGCCCCCAGUACUACUCAAGCUCUCCAGUGUGCAGGAGGGUGUGAGGAAGAAAGUGAUGGAGUUGUUGGUCCACCUGAACAAGAGGAUAAAAAGCCGACCAAAGAUUCAGCUGCCGGUAGAAACGUUGCUGGUGCAGUACCAAGACCCGGCUGCUGCCUCCUUUGUUACAAAUUUCACCAUCAUCUACAUAAAAAUGGGCUACCCCCGUUUAGAAGUGGGAAAACAGUGUGAGUUGGCGCCGACCCUCCUCACCGCCAUGGAGGGAAAGCCCCAGCCCCAGCAGGACAGCCUGAUGCACCUUUUGAUCCCAACCCUGUACCACAUGAAGUAUCCAGCAGACGCGUCCAAGAACGUGUCCACCUUCAACCUAACCGAGCGGCCAAAGACGGUGCACCUGCUGCUGGAGUUCAUGUUGGAUGUUUUACUCAUGCCUUAUGGGUUUGUGCUGAAUGAAUCUCCCUCCCGGCCAGCGCCCUCGUCCUCUCAGGGAGGCUCUGAUGGGUCGGUGGCCUCGAGUGGGCAGGGUCUCCCUCAGCCCCCCCCGGGGAUGAGCGUCUACGCUGCAAAGAGGGUGAUCGGAGAAGCCCAGUGGAACUCUGAGCAGCUGGAGCAGUGCAAACUGGGCAUCGUGAAGUUCAUCGAGGCGAAGCAGGUCCCAGAGGUGGAGACGGUGGUUCACCUGGUCGUGGCUUCCAGCGACACCCGGCACGGCGUGGCAACGGCUGCCGACCUGGAGCUGAAGAGCAAGCAGAGCAUAAUUGACUGGAACAAUCCUCUAAUUAUCAACAAGAUGUUCAAGGUGUAUCUGGGAGACGUUCCCCUGAAAACGAAGGGCGGGGGUGUCAAACAAGAGCUGAAACACGAGCCAGUCAGCACGAGAGUGAAAAUGAAGAUCCUGCCCCACCUUCUCCGCUCACGCCUGGCCGCAGAGUGCUUCCCCGCUAACAUCCAGGUUGUGUAUGAUGGUCUGUUUGGAGCCAACACCAACAACAAACUGCUGUCUCUCACUCUACAGUUUGUGCAUCACAUCUGCAUGGUAUGUCCUGACACUAAUAAGCCCUUAGGGCUAAUGCUACUGAACGGCCUUACCAAGCUCAUCAAUGAAUACAAGGAGGAUCCUAAGUUGCUGUGUGUUGCCUACUCUGCUGUUGGGAAACUGUCAAGCCGCAUGCCCCAGCUCUUCACUAAGGAUCUUGCACUUGUGCAGCAGUUCUUUGAGUCCAUGUGCAAGGAGGAGCCGGAUGUCCGUCUUGCCAUUCAGGAGGCUUUGUCCAUGAUGGUAGGAGCGUAUGCUAACCUGCAGGGGGCGCUGCUGAACCUGAUGGAGGCGCUGGUGGCCGCCUACAUUACAAAGCCGGAGGUGCAAGUUCGCCAGGUGGCGAUGAAGUUUGCCAGCACGGUGUUCGCUCCGGAUCACGUGCCGUCACGAUACCUGCUGCUCCUGGCUGCCGGAGACACAAGGGAAGAAGUAUCUGGAGAGGCCCAGAAGGUGCUGAGAGCUUUGACUACAAAGAGCUCGGAGAAGGAAGGACCGAAGCCGAUGCCUUCUUUCCCUGACAUGGUGGCUUAUGUCCAGGAGAAAGCUGCUCAGAGGAUCAAGACUCCAGCGAAAUACGUUGUUGGAACCUCCACUAUUCCUUUCAACCCAUCUGCUUUUGGGGAGAUCAUCCUGUACCUGAGGAGGUGUUUAGUCCACAGUGCUGGAGCCACGCCGAUGUCCACACGCCUGUCAGACAUGCAGGAUGACGCUCCCGCCAUCGGCCGCUACGUUCACACGCUGCUGUCUGAUCCUCCGCCCUCGGGGUCAAAGGGCUCCGAGACAAAUCCUGUUCACAUCUACAUCGACCUGCUGCAGCAGCUGCUUUCUGCUGUGGGAGGAAUCCCGGUCAUGUACUGUUUACUGGAGAUGGUGUCUGUGUGUCCGGAAAAACUGGCUCCCAGAUUUGCUAAUAAAAUUGACUGGAUUAAAAGUCUAAUGAACACAAACAAGGAGGACAUGAGGGAGCUCGCCGCUCAGCUUUACGCAAUUGUGAUUUCCACCAUGACGGGCAACGAGCUGCAGAUGGCCGUGCAGAACCUGAUCAAGAUCACCAGAGACAACCACAGUCCGGAGACCCAGCACGGGGCCAUCCUGGCUCUCGGCUACAUGGUGGGACGGAGCAUGAGCAGAAAGAAAGCCGUCACCUGUUCUGACUCGACAAAGAAUAAAGAGGAAAAAAUGAGUAUCAGCUCCCAGGAUGAUGAUGAGCUGGUUGCCAUCGCCACCAAGACGAUUGGUUCCUUCCUGGACAGCAGCAGUGCGAUGUUGGCCGUAGCGGCCUGUGUCGCUCUGGGAGAAAUCGGGCGUAAUGGCGCCCUGCUGAUCCCUGCAGACGGAGACGGCUUCACUAAACUCUCCGUCGUCGAGAACCUGCUGGCUCGCAUCCCCUCGGGCAAGGAGAGCACAAAGAUGAAGGAACGGUCCAUCAUGACCCUGGGUUAUCUUCCGGUGGGAGAUGCAGACUUCCCUCAUCAGAAGAAGCUUGUGCAGGGACUCAUGGACUCAGUGGAGGCCAAGCAGGUGGAGCUGCAGUUCACGGUCGGAGAGGCCAUCACUAGCGCUGCAAUAGGAACCAGUUCUGGAGCUGCAAGAGACCCGUGGACCUGCACCGAGGACGAGUACAGCCCGCCUCUCAACAUUAAAAACAACGACCUGGUUCCCUGGGUGCUCAACUCCAUCCUGUCCAGGUACAUUCCCAGCCAGAACCCGCACGUCCGGCAGGCGUCCUGCAUCUGGCUGCUGUCCCUCGUCAAGAAACUCAGCCACCACAAGGAAAUUAAAUCCCACUUGAAGGAGAUUCAGGUGGCGUUCAUCUCCGUUCUCUCAGAGUCUGACGAGUUGAGUCAAGACGCGGCAUCUAAAGGCCUCGGGCUCGUCUACGAGAUGGGAGGGGAGGGCGACCAGCAGGAACUGGUGUCAACCCUCGUAGAAACACUCAUGACCGGGAAAAGGGUGAGACAUGCCGUCUCAGAAGAUACGGAGGUGUUCCAGGGAGAGGGGUUGGGAAAAACUCCAGAUGGUCACAGCCUGUCCACCUACAAGGAGCUCUGCUCAUUGGCCAGCGACCUGAACCAACCAGAUCUGGUCUACAAAUUCAUGAACCUGGCCAAUCACCACGCCAUGUGGAACUCACGCAAGGGAGCAGCUUUUGGUUUCCACAUGAUCGCCGCCAAGGCCGGCGAGCAGCUGGCGCCGUACCUGGCUCAGCUAGUGCCCCGUCUGUACCGCUACCAGUUCGACCCCAACAUGAGCAUCCGCCAGGCCAUGACCAGCAUCUGGGACGCCCUGGUCACCGACAAGACCCUGGUGGACAAAUAUCUGAAGGAGAUUCUGCAGGAUGUCAUUUCCAACUUGACCAAUACCGCCUGGAGAGUGCGUGAGUCCAGCUGCCUGGCCCUGAAUGAUCUGAUUCGUGGUCGUCAAGCCGAUGACCUCAUUGAUCACAUGGCAGAAAUCUGGGAGACGCUGUUCAGAGUCCUUGAUGAUAUCAAGGAAUCUGUGAGAAAAGCUGCAGACUUGACGCUGAAGACGCUCAGUAAGGUUUGCAUCCGCAUGUGCGAGUCUUCGGGCUCUGCUGCCCAGAGAACCGUGGCCGUGAUGCUGCCCACCCUUCUGGAGAAGGGCAUCGUCAGUAACGUCUCCGAGGUUCGCUCGCUCAGCAUCCAGACGCUGGUCAAGAUCAGCAAGACGGCUGGAGCGCGGCUAAAGCCUCACGCGUCCCGGUUGAUCCCGGCGCUGCUGGAAGCCCUGAGCACGCUGGAGCCUCAGGUCCUCAACUACCUCAGUCUCCGAGCCACAGAGCAGGAAAAGAACGCCAUGGACGCUGCCAGGCUGAGCGCCGCCAAGUCCUCCCCCAUGAUGGAAACCGUCAACAUGUGUCUGCAGCACCUGGACGUCUCCGUCCUGGGGGAGCUGGUUCCCCGACUCUGUGAGCUGCUGAAGAGCGGAGUCGGCCUGGGCACCAAGGGCGGCUGUGCCAGCGUGAUAGUUUCCCUGACGGUGCAGUGUCCCCAGGACCUCAGCCCCUACUCAGGUAAACUGAUGAGCGCCCUGCUGAGCGGUAUCCACGACAGAAGCACCGUCGUACAGAAAGCUUUUGCCUUCGCUCUGGGACACUUAGUCAGGACGGCGAAAGACAGCAGCACAGAAAAGCUCCUGCUGAAGCUCAGCGGCUGGUACCUGGAGAAGGAAGAACCCGUUUACAAGUCGUCGUGCGCGCUGACGGUUCACGCCAUCAGCCACUACAGCCCCGACGUGCUGAAGGGCCACGCCGGGGUGGCGCUGCCGCUGGCCUUCCUGGGCAUGCACCAGGCGCCGGGGCCGGACGAGGAGAAGGGCGAGAGCCACGACGCCACGCUGUGGGCCGAGGUGUGGCAGGAGAACGUUCCAGGAAGCUUCGGAGGGAUCCGGCUCUACAUGACGGAGCUGAUCAGCAUCACCCAGAAGGCUCUGCAGUCCCAGUCCUGGAAGAUGAAGGCUCAGGGCGCCGCUGCCAUGGCGACCGUUGCCAAGGAGCAGACGGGCUCCCUGGUGGCUCCUCACCUGGGUUUGGUGCUGACGGCGCUGAUGCAGGGCCUGUCUGGACGCACGUGGGCCGGCAAGGAGGAGCUGCUGAAAGCUAUCGGAUCAGUGGUGUCCAAAUGCAGCGCGGAGCUGCAGAAGCCGUGCAGCGGCCAGCCCACCGUGCCGGAGGUGCUGGAGGUCGUGCUGAAGGAAUGCCGCAAGGAGAACCUGGUGUACAAAACGGCGGCGCUGCGCUGCGCCGGAGACGUGCUGAGCAGCACCGGGGAGGAUCGCUUCAGCGACGUGGCCGAGAUCCUGUUCCCCAUCAUCAAGAAGAGCUGUCCAGAGAGCGGCUCCAAGUCUCCUCGGUCGUUGGACGACGAGGACGACGAUGACGGGGACGUGAAGGAGAGAGAGCUGCAGACGGAAGCCGUGCUCUGUGCUUUUGAGACUCUGGGAAAGGCCUGGCCCCGAAACCCCCAGACUCAGGCUCGUUUCCGGGGGGAGGUUUGCAGCCUGAUGUCGGUGAAGGUCAAACUGAGCACCUGGAAGGUCCAGCUGGCCGUUCUACAAGCCAUGAAGGCGUAUUUUCAGAAGUUGUUGCUGCUGGAGAAGGGCAGUGAAGACUUUGAUGCUCUGUCUCAGAUCCUCACAGAGACGUGUGCCGCUCUCACGCACCCUCUAGAGAAUAAAAGUUACUCGUCUGUGAGGACAGAAGCCUUGUCUGUGGUGGAUCUGGUCGUUAAGAAGAUUGGAGAGAGCAGUCAGUGGGACUGCAUGUCUGUGAAGAGCCGGGAGCAGCUGCAGCGCUCCCUGUCCACGCUGCAGUCGGACAACAGGCCCGACCUGAGGGACAAGGCCCAGGAGCUGCGCCGGCACAUCCAGAGCCAGCCCUGAUGGACGCACGCGGCCGCAUUUCCUUCUCACACCUUUUAUCAGGGACACAAACCACGUGUUAGCACACUCUGAUGCACAAAACCAAUAACCCUAACUCUGUCGAUCAUUACAGUAAAUAUCCAUAUUCCUGCAACCGCACCAACUGAUAAAUAUCUGUGUCUGACGAAGCUUGACAUGGAAGAGUCUCAACAUGUCCCGGAGGACGGCUAUUAUAGUACUGUGUCAAGUUUUAUUUGGUUCAUUUACAUGGACAGUUUAUUAAUGAUAAAUUCUAUAUAAACCAGUGUGUUGGGUUUGUGGACGCUGUUGUCCUCUAGUCCCGAGCUGGGGAUUUUACUACUGUCGUGGGUUUGCCUACUUGUUAAAUAUCACAACAGCGGGUUGUUCGCCUGAACUGGUGCAGAAGAUGAUUAAAAUACUUCAAGUCACAGCUGGAAACUAAAAAAAAAAACAUAACUAAAGUGUCCUGAAACAUAUCAGACCAUGCAAGUUUGGGGGGAAAAAAAGGAACCAUGCUCUUAACUUUGAAGUGAUAUAGUUGUUUGAAUUUGUCCAUGAUGAAAUAAAACUCUACAAUUUGGA